AUUCAUUUGAGGUUGUAAAAUCCACAUCUUGAGCCACAUUCUGGACUUUCACAUAGUUGAAAUUGCUAUGUAGAAUACAUGCUACGUAUUCUGUUUUCAAGAUUGGUUUCCUUUUUCCUUUUAGAUAAUCUUCCACUUGUUCAUCAAGAUGGAAAGCUCCGAUUCCAACGAUAAAGGAAGUGGUGAUCAGUCUGCCGCACAGCGCAGAAGUCAGAUGGACCGAUUGGAUCGGGAAGAAGCUUUCUAUCAAUUUGUAAACAACCUGAGUGAAGAAGAUUAUAGGCUUAUGAGGGAUAACAAUUUGCUAGGCACUCCAGGUGAAAGUACUGAGGAAGAGUUGCUGAGAAGACUACAACAAAUUAAAGAGGGCCCACCACCACAAAACUCAGAUGAAAAUAGAGGUGGAGACUCUUCAGAUGAUGUCUCUAAUGGUGACUCUAUAAUAGACUGGCUUAACUCUGUCAGACAAACAGGAAAUACGACAAGAAGUGGGCAAAGGGGAAACCAAUCUUGGAGAGCAGUGAGCCGGACUAAUCCAAACAGUGGUGAUUUCAGAUUCAGUUUAGAAAUAAAUGUUAACCGUAACAAUGGGAGCCAAAAUCCAGAGAAUGAAACUGAGCCAUCUAUAAGACGCUCUGGUGGAGAAAAUAUGGAAAACAGCAGCCAAAGGCAAGUGGAAAAUCCACGAUCUGAAUCAACAUCUACAAGGCCAUCUAGAUCAGAACGAAAUUCAACUGAAGCAUUAACAGGAGAGGUCCCACCUACCAGAGGUCAGAGAAGGGCAAGAAGCAGGAGCCCAGACCAUCGGAGAACGAGAGCAAGAGCUGAAAGAAGUAGGUCACCUCUGCAUCCAAUGAGUGAAAUUCCACGACGAUCUCAUCAUAGUAUCUCAUCUCAGACUUUUGAGCAUCCUUUGGUAAAUGAAACUGAGGGAAGUUCUAGAACCCGGCACCAUGUGACAUUGAGACAACAAAUAACUGGACCUGAGCUGCUAAGUAGGGGUCUUUUUGCAGCAUCUGGAACAAGAAAUGCCUCUCAAGGAGCAGGUUCUUCAGACACAACUGGCAGUGGUGAAUCCACAGGGUCAGGACAGAGACCUCCAACCAUAGUCCUUGAUCUUCAAGUAAGAAGAGUUCGUCCUGGAGAAUAUCGGCAGAGAGAUAGCAUAGCUAGCAGAACUCGGUCAAGGUCUCAGACACCAAACAACACUGUCACUUAUGAAAGUGAACGAGGAGGUUUUAGGCGUACAUUUUCACGUUCUGAGCGGGCAGGUGUGAGAACCUAUGUCAGUACCAUCAGAAUUCCCAUUCGUAGAAUCUUAAAUACUGGUUUAAGUGAGACUACAUCUGUUGCAAUUCAGACUAUGUUAAGGCAGAUAAUGACGGGUUUUGGUGAGUUAAGCUAUUUUAUGUAUAGUGAUAGUGAUUCAGAGCCUAGUGGCUCAGUCCCAAGUCGAAAUAUGGAAAGAGCAGAGUCACGGAAUGGAAGAGGGGCUUCUGGUGGUAGUAGCAGCUCUGGUUCCAGUUCCAGUUCCAGUUCUAGUUCCAGUUCCAGUCCUAGUUCCAGUUCCAGUGGUGAAAGUUCAGAAACUAGCUCAGAGGUGUUUGAAGGCAGUAAUGAAGGAAGCUCAUCAUCAGGUGCCAGGCGAGAGGGUCGACAUAGGGCCCCAGUAACAUUUGAUGAAAGUGGCUCUUUGCCCUUCCUUAGUCUGGCUCAGUUUUUCCUCUUAAAUGAGGAUGAUGAUGACCAACCUAGAGGACUCACCAAAGAACAGAUUGACAACUUGGCAAUGAGAAGUUUUGGUGAAAAUGAUGCAUUAAAAACCUGUAGUGUUUGCAUUACAGAAUAUACAGAAGGCAACAAACUUCGUAAACUACCUUGUUCCCAUGAGUACCAUGUCCACUGCAUUGAUCGCUGGUUAUCUGAAAAUUCUACCUGUCCUAUUUGUCGCAGAGCAGUCUUAACUUCUGGUAACAGAGAAAGUGUUGUGUAAUUAAGAUCUGAACUCUCAUCUAUAUAUCUGGUGUAGUGAUGGGCAAACAGGAAUCACUUGCUUUAUGUCCACUUUUUGAGUGGUGCUUAAAUGUAAAGUAACAGCCUGAAUUGAGUCAUUGCUUUUUGAACGAACUGUCCUUUCUCCAAUUUCUGUUCCAGAAUAAAAGGAAAUAUUGGAAAAGCAACGUUUUAGGGCCUAAAAAUCUGACUUCAGUACCAAUUGAGUCAAUAGCACCUCUUUAUACUGGUAAUUUAUCAUCCACACUUGUCAGUUUCUCCCUUGUUAUCUUAAAAGAUCUGCCUUAGCAAUGGCUCCUAUCUGUUUCAUGUUGAUCUUUAAAGUUUCCCAUGCCAUAGAGAGGGGCAAAGGAAAUUCCCAGUUUAGACUAAGUUACAGUACAUGUUUCAUAAGUGAUUGCUUAAAGCUAUACCAUUCCCAGUUAUUAGUUGAUACAAAUUCAGCUACAUUCUAAAUACCAUUUAUUCACCUUUCAGACUAGGUGAUAUUGGACAUGUCAGUGUAAAUAACACUAAGGUUAGAAUCUUCUAAGUGUAUAACUGUUUCCUAAGCCCAUCACUGUGGCACACUGUAGAGUGAGCUUAUAGUUUAACUGAAAUAUUUAUCUUGUGGAAAUAUUAAAAAGCCUAUGCUUGUGUAAGUGAGAAAAUCACAUUCAUUUGUUUAAAAAUGUAAAGCUAUUUUGUAGAGGCUCAGUACUUUUUUCAAUGCACUGUUGUAUUAAUGCAUUAAAAAUUGUAAAGUACCAUGCUUAGAAAUGAGAAAACUGCUUUUUGUGAGCCAACCUGGUAGAAAACACACCAAACAAAGUACAAAGCUGCUUUUGUAAGUGUGUAGUUGUCAAGAGCAGAACAUAUCUAAUAUUUAAUGUUUGUGAACAACUACUGAGACAUGCAAAGGAAAGGACAACGUGCAGAAUUGAGCUGCAUUAAAGACCAGUGGAAAUUAUGUAUUUUAACUUUGAUUUAGGCAGGAAAUGAAAGAUAGGAGGAGUAAAGAAAUCUGUUCUGAAGAAUUUAAACUUUUCAUGAACACAAUAAUAAUACAGGCAUGAACUGGUUACAUAUGGUGAGAUUCGCAGGAGCUUGAGAUAUUCUUGAGUAGAUGAAGUAGAUCAGCAAAUAUGUUAGAGCUUUGGUUUAAGAGAAACAAACCACUACAGCCUAGCACAAAUUAAAGUGAUGUUUUCAUAAGUCUGCUCCUCAAAAAAACCCAAAAUAACAGGUGGAGGAAAGAGACUAUAAACCACUUUUAGCAUAAGAAUUGAAGUUGGUACAGAUGUGUGUGCUAAUACGCAAGUCUCAAAUUUGCAUUGUUUUUGAGGUUUGUCAUUUAAGGUACCAGUGCACACUUGUUAAUGUUUGAUUACAACCUCUAUAACAUAGACCUAACAUUUCACAUUUAAAGGCCAGUUAAAGAAUUAAGGGAUUUUUAUCUCUCUUUGUUGAAAAUGAGUCAUGUUGGAUUAUUUGAAAUUUAAAUUUUAAUUGUGCUACCUGUAUUUGAAGAUGAGACCCAUUGACUUACCGACUCUGGGACAGGCACUUUGUUAUUUUCUUAGUAGUGAGAAGAGAAUUGUGAACAACCCCAGUACUCUUGCUGAUUCCCCUUUUGAGGCUGGUUGGGGUUAGGAUUAGUCUGACUGGAGCAGAUGUUUGCUUUUCUGGGAAAAGCUAACAGGCCCAAAGAGGGAUUGAACAUGUCCUUGGCCUUUAAUAAAGUGAGCUAACUACCAGACAUAGUUAAACACUCUACAAAAUAAAUAAGUCUGCUUUAGAAAUUAUCUGGCUACCUUAACUGUUAACAGUUUAGCUGUAAAGAUUUUUUCAAAGCUCAUUCCUUCAUGUUUUCCUCUAGCUUUCAAUCCUACCUAAGAAUCAAGGCAAUUCACUUGUAAAACAUAGUAGUUGUUUACUAAGGAUAUGUACUGCUCUUGCAAGGAAAUAAUGUUAAACAAAGCUUCACUUAUUUUUUUUAAUAUAAGCAGAUUUCAUUGUUUAUGGCGCUUAUGUAAUACAUUUUAUCUUUUAAAAAACUAGUCCAUGUAAAAGUCAGGAUUCUUUUAUAUCUGUGAGCCUCCUUGUCUCCUUUCCUAAGGGUGUAAUCUUUGGUUUUCAGAUCUGCAGGGUAGUCCUUGAUUGGCUAAAAACAAAUCCAUUUUCCUCUUGGUAUAAAAUGUUUUCCAUUAUUACAUGGGUGAUCAUUUGAAAAUAGUUUUAAAAACAACCGCAGCACAUUCUAAGCAUAAAAGAAGGUUAUUGACAACAGGUACCUCCCUACCCUCCCAAGAUGUAUUACUCAUUUGUGAAGUAUUAAAGAGGUGAAUCAUGUAGAAUCUUGGUUAUGAAUGUAGAUAUUGAAGCUAUUCAUAAAACACUGGAAAUAGAAUUAUAAGUUUUUAGCCUUAAGUAGAAUGCACAUAUCUAACAUGUGCGUGUGGACACCUUUUUGAAUAGCACUCAUUAAAUUCCAUUGUUUUGUGUAGAAUGAAUACAAGUAUUUUAGUGGAAUUUGCUACUUAAUUUUUUUAUUUUGCAAAGUCCAUGACUAAUAUAUAUUUAAUAGGGUUAUGGACAUUGAAGACAAGGUCAUUUGUAGGUGUCAGAUGUAGGAGAACAAAAAUCUUUUCCCACCAGCAUCUACACCUAUUUUCUUGAGGGAGCAUUUUUUUUGCAAAAGACAUUACAUUUCAUUUUGUAUCUGUGCACUUUUUCUUCAUUACAAAAAGAUUCUGUCUUCAAGACCUAGUUUGAACUUCAUGCAGUAAUAGGAAUAAGAAAAAAAAAAACAAUGUUGGGAGGUUACAUUGUUCAAAGCAUAGGGAAAAGUACUAAAAACUAUUUCCUUGAAUAUUUCAGAUAUAUUUUUAAAUCCGCUUACUAGUCUGAAAUGUUUGAAGUGUUUUGUUGUUUAAGUCCAAGAAGCUGACAAGGUUGAGAUUUAUUAGUACUAGAAACAAAAUUGAACGAGCUAUGUUAAAAGUUUGCAGACUUAAUCUACAGCAACACUAGAAGGGCAAUGCUGUUAAUUUGGAAUACUUCCUCUUAAAAAAGAACACAUUAGUUAUACCUCGGUGGUGUUAUGGAGUUGGGUAUUGAAAAGUGUUCACAUUAGUGUCGGAGUGUAAUAAUUGUUGAGUUAAGAAAAAAGUUAAUUGUCAGGAGAUUAUAUAUAGUCUCUUUUGAAACAGGAUUAUUGAAAUUCAUCCAAAUUUUAAGAUUAGGAAACUGGUUAGCUAUUAGUGUUACCUCAAGUAAUGAUUGAUUUUUUUUUCCUGGGAAAACAUGUCCUCUUUGUGCCAAGAAAUUCUCUCCUAGUGUCAGUGUGUCAAAUUUCUGAAGGGUUAUCAGUUAAUGUACUUUGUAUUUAACCACCUGCUUCCCAUAUAUCCACAACAUGAAAAUGAGUCAAACAUCAGCUAUGGCUUGUCAGUCAUUUCCCAAAAUACCCAUGUGAUAGGGAGGUGAAUGUUGCAAAAUGCCAUUUUCACAGCUUGCUAGAAUACAGUGGCACCUUGUGGUUGUUGUUGAUACUUUUCUUUUAAAGAUGGAGAAAAUUUUUAUUCCCUGUUUUUCUUCUUGGUUCUUCAGUGAACAAAAAAAGAUUCGUAAUCUGCCUUAUUUUUUAAGUUUACCUUACUGGCCUCCCUGUCAAAUGUAUUACGAAUAUUAAGUACAUAGAAGCCACGUUUGCAGGGCACUUUUAUUCUUUCCUUGUUCUACAAGAUUAUGCUGAUUGCUACUUUCUGAAGUAUUCUGUACCUUAAGUAAUUCAAGAGAUUGAUAAGGCACAUGUUAAAGUGUCAGGUUUUUUUUCCCUUAAAUAUAAUGUAAUUCUUCAGUAUGUUUAACAUUCAGUAUGUUUAACAUUCAAUAACAGUAUUCAUUGUGUUGACUAGUAAAUUGUGUGCUUUUGAGAAAAGCAUUUGGAAAUGUAAAUCAACAUAAUGUGCUUCAUUUGGAAAAUUAAAGCACAAGGUCCAGGAACUAGUAUUUCACUUAUUUUUAAGUCACAUUUUUUUAUAAGCAACUAAAACAGCUGGGGGUUCAGUGCCUGCCCCUUAAAAAUUUUAGCAUUCUGAAAUUAAUGAUUCUUUUUUUAAUCUAGAAUAUUUCUAAAAUAUUAUCAAAUAUUCCCAAUAAGUAAUUGAUCUCACUUGCUUUAACCAUGGUUGGGAUCUAAAUGUCUACAGCAUAGAAAAAACUCUUACUGGGGUUUUAGAACCCUGAAGGGAUAAUAACAGAAGUUUGUAUCAGUUUUAUGAUUCUUUUCACGACUAUAUAGGUGUUUUGAUUCAAUUCUGAAGGAAAUAGGCAUGCUCUCCUAUACCCUCAAAUAAAGUUACAGUGAGAUACUGGGUUUUGAUUAGGAUUUGUUUAUUAAAGACCCACAAGCUAUUUUAUAGUCACUUGGGUUGAGUGACAAAUAGAUAUCUUGAAGACAAGCAGUAAAAAAUUAACUCCCAUCAUACCACUGUGCCUAGUUAUUUCAAGGUUCUCUAUCAGUUCCUCAUCUUGCAGAUUAUUCCAAUCCCAAGGUAUGGUUGAAUCAGCUGCCCAGCCUUAACUCUGUAUUUAGUGCUCCUUUACUAACAUUAUUCUAACUGAUUGAUUGUUAUGUGUUUUUAACCGUCCAAUGUUUGGAUUUUACCUCUUGAUAGCUCCAUUUGUCCCUGGUGCUGCUUUUAACGAUGUAGGGCCAUGUGAUCAGGUAUCAAGUUGAGUAGGUACGCAAUUGGCCUAGUUAUGUAUCUGUGCCUCUUACCUUCUCCCAGGAAGAGCUGCUUUGGUAUAGAUGUUUACUUGGAGUCAUAUAAAUAACUGGGCAGCAAUCUUGGAAAGCUUUCUGAAGCCUAUAAGAACGGGAUUUGGAGGGGGAACAGCAACAAAGGUUGCCUUUAUGUCUUUGGGCAUGAAGCACAUAAAUGUACGUUCUGUAAAGACUAAAGUGAUUGUUAUACCAGGGCUUCCUGACCUCUGGGAGAGACUUUCAAAAAAGCAGAGAGGAGCACAAAGUGAAGUUCAUUUGGUUGGCUGGCUUUAUCUGGUUUCUCAUUUUCUUUCAAUUUAAACCUGAACAUAACAACCUUCUCCAGUAUCUAUCCGGCAGACUCCUGGUUGGGAAGCCCUGUAUUAAAUUUCGAGAAUGUACCCAGUUUUCAUUUUUUGUACAGUGCUUUACACUUGCUAAAAUUAACUUGUUUAAUGCAAAAUAAGACCUUGAAAGGUCAGUCAUAUUAAAGUUGGUUUGAUUAUUAAUAGUUAUCUUUUAGGAAGAAGCUUUUUCCCUAUGUAAGAUGUCAUACUGCAGAUUUAAAAUAUAGACUAUCAAUAAAAUGCAUGAAGUGAUCA